GAAGAAAGCGCUUAUAAAUUACCGUUUCUUCCUCCCCAUUGCUGUUAGUCUGCCUUGCCGCUCACGCCGAAGCACAUAAGGACGGAGGCAGAGGACGCCAAGACGCUGGACAGCUACCUGGUCGGAAAAGAGCCGCUGCUACAGGAAGAGAAAAUCCUUUCUGGAGAUACUCCUUUUCAUUGUCCUACCCUAUGGAGGAACCAGCCCUGCCCAUCCACAUUGAGGAGGGGAUAGACGUUCUGACUGAAAACAAAACCAUGGCAACAAAGGAGAAGCUACAGUGUUUGAAAGAUUUUCACAAGGAUAUCCUUAAACCUUCCCCUGGCAAGAGCCCUGGGACACGGCCUGAGGAUGAGGCGGAGGGCAAGCCACCACAACGGGAAAAAUGGGCCAGCAAGAUUGAUUUUCUGUUGUCCGUAGCUGGAGGGUUUAUUGGAUUAGGCAAUGUUUGGCGAUUUCCGUAUCUCUGCUAUAAAAAUGGCGGAGGUGCAUUUCUCAUACCUUAUUUCAUUUUUCUGUUUGGGGGAGGUCUUCCUGUAUUCUUCCUGGAAGUGGCCCUAGGACAAUAUACCUCUGAAGGAGGAAUUACAUGUUGGGAAAAGAUCUGCCCUAUUUUCUCUGGAAUAGGUUAUGCUUCCGUAGUGAUUGUGUCUCUUUUGAAUGUAUACUACAUCGUCAUCCUGGCUUGGGGAAUGUACUACCUAUUCCAGUCAUUUUCGCACACCCUGCCAUGGGCUCAUUGUCAGCAAGAAUGGAAUACAGAAUACUGUGUGGAAGACACCCUCAGGAAGAACAAAACACUGUGGCUGUCAUUCAAUGCCACUAACUUAACAUCUCCUGUCAUAGAAUUUUGGGAGCGGAAUGUUCUGAGGUUGAGUUCAGGCAUUGAUGAACCUGGUGUUCUCAAAUGGGACCUGGCUCUUUGUCUUUUCCUUGUCUGGGUGAUUUGUUUCUUUUGCAUUUGGAAAGGUGUGAAGUCAACCGGGAAAGUUGUGUACAUAACAGCAACAUUUCCAUUCAUCAUGCUUUUUGUACUCUUAAUCCGUGGUGUCACUUUACCUGGAGCUGCAGAGGGUAUCAAAUUUUACCUUUACCCGAACAUCACUCGUCUGUCUGAUCCAAUGGUCUGGAUAGAUGCUGGCACACAGAUCUUCUUCUCCUAUGCAAUCUGCUUAGGUGCAAUGACUUCACUGGGGAGCUACAACAAAUACAAAUACAACUGUUACAGGGACUGUUUGCUGCUGGGAUGCCUGAACAGUGGUACCAGUUUUGUGUCUGGCUUCGCAAUUUUUUCCGUCCUGGGCUUCAUGGCACAAGAGCAAGGGGUGGACAUUGCUGAUGUGGCAGAGUCAGGUCCAGGUCUGGCCUUCAUUGCUUAUCCAAAAGCUGUGUCCAUGAUGCCGCUGCCAACUUUUUGGGCUAUUCUUUUCUUCGUUAUGCUUCUGUUGCUUGGCCUGGACAGCCAGUUUGUUGAAGUUGAAGGGCAGAUCACAUCGUUAGUUGAUCUGUACCCAUCCUUCCUAAGGAAGGGUUACCGACGGGAAAUCUUCAUUGCUAUAAUCUGUUUCCUCAGCUAUCUUCUGGGACUAUCUAUGGUGACUGAAGGUGGCAUGUAUGUGUUUCAACUCUUUGACUACUAUGCAGCUAGUGGUGUAUGCCUUUUGUGGGUCGCAUUCUUUGAAUGCAUUGCUGUAGCCUGGGUUUAUGGCGCUGACAAUUUUUACGAUGCCAUUGAAGAUAUGAUUGGUUACAGGCCUGGUCCUUGGAUGAAAUGGAGCUGGACUGUAAUCACACCAAUUCUCUGCGUGGGGUGCUUCAUAUUUUCUCUAGUCAAGUAUACCCCCCUGACCUACAACAAGGACUACAUCUACCCUACGUGGGCAAUCGGUCUGGGUUGGAUACUUGCUCUUUCAUCUAUGAUCUGCAUCCCGUUGGUUACAGUUAUCCGUAUCCUGCAGUCGGAUGGCUCUCUCCUUGAGAGGGUGAAGACAAUGGCUGCUCCUCGUGAGAUCACACGGUGGGACAAAGAAACAGAGAUUGCUGCCACGUUCGGCCCUCCUGGCCUGGCCAAUGGAGAACUGAUCAAGCCAAGUCAUGUCAUCGUGGAGACAACAAUGUGAGCUCUCUCUAUGAGAGGAGGACACCUGCUUUAAAACUGCUGUUUACUAACCAUAGAAUCUUUCAUAGGACCAGGUUUACAGAGCUUUAUAUUUGCACUAGGGUUAUUUUUAUUUCUCAUAGAGAAAAGUAAUUUUUUGUGUGUUUGGUUUUUAUUUUUUAAUAUUUUGUAAAGUAAAUCACAGCAGAUGGCUGUCCUGCUCUAUUUAGAAACAGAGCUUUCAUAUCAAAUUAGGCACACUGCAGGAAUUUAUCUUCUGUUUUCCACACAGCAUAUCUAACUAACUUUUAUUCAUAUGGCUACUUUACCGUUUUUAGUUGAUUUUUCUUGCCAACAGUAUACCCAGGUGCAAUCUUAUGCAUACUAUCUUGCAAAUAUGCCUCAAUGAACAUAAUGGGACUUACUUCUGAGUAGACAUAUGUAGGAUUGUGUUGAUACGUAUGCAUACAUGUGCGCAUAUACAAGUUUUAGGUUUCUCUGGGUGUUGAUGUGGUUGGGAACAGGGUAGUGCAAAAUUUUAUUUUGGACUUUUUUUAACCAAAAAAAAAAAAAAAAGCUCUGGCAUUUUAGAAACUGGAUUUUAAAGGUGUGGCACUAUCUUCUUCUGGUAGAAACAGGAAGAAUUAAAGAAAGAGUACAUGUUUUUAUGUUAUGUGAGUGAGCCAUAUGGGAAUAUAUUUAUGUGAUAAUUGGAAGCUGCAAUAUUGUAGCUGCAAUUAUAUGCCACCCAGAGUCAUUUUUUUCUGUGUGAGAUUGGUGGCCAUGUAAAUUUGAUAAAUAAAUAAAUAUAAGCUGGGGUUGGAACCAGGGGAAUAAUCUAAGCAUCUUGUGAACAGGCUCUAAGAAGGUGGCAGAAUCAUUCUUGCUGGAAAGGCAUUUUAAUUGAUAAUCUUUCUGGGACAGAGGAGAUUAUUUCUUCCAUCACCAGAAGAAUUGAUUCUACAUUUAAUAACAAGGACAGUUUCUAUGGAGACUUAAAUACAGAGUACGGUUGAGUUUCUCAUAGAUUUAGAGAGAUUAUCUAAAAGUUGAUAUAAAAUACUGGUAAGCCUGAAUCUGUCACCUAUAGUUCUCUCAGUCUUAGACAGGAAUAUAAAUUUGAUAGUGUAAUCAUGUAACUAAAAGAAUAUAAAAACUGGCCCAUUCUUGUAGUCUGCACCUGAGAAAUAAGUCAUUUGGACUUGGAUUUUGUUAGAACAUCAGGUUAGUGUCAGAAAACUCAUUGUAUAAUGCUACAUUUACAAAGAUGCUGCAAACCAUAUUUAAAGUCACAUAUUUGCCAAACUUUAUCUUUGUUAGAGCGAAAAAAGGAGUAUUGGGUGUGUAUCAUAGCAGUCAGCUAAGUUGCAUAGCGUUGAGUGCAGAUGCAGAAAAACAUCCACUAGAAUCUAUUGAUGAAGAAGCUACUACAACAAGAAAGGACAGAAAGAACGCAGUUGAGAAAAAGUAGACUGAUAUUCACAGGCUAAAAGUGUCAUCAUUUAUAUCCAUUGAUCCAAGGAAACGCAAGGAGAUCAAGUAAGCUAUAAAUUUAUUUUAGACUGAACGAGGCAUAAAAUACUCAACGGGAGUUGUAUUGGUAAGUUCCCCACUUUUCCCAAAAUGAGGAUUUGCCUCUGGAAAACACCCCGAAUCCUGCAAAGCUUAUGUUUUGCUUUCAAUCUUCAUUGAGUAGUGGCUCAACCCUUUUCCAUAUGGGCAUUGAUCUUAGGGGGAAGGGUGCCCCCUUUAACCUUUAUAUUGGUAGUAAACACAAUUUGAGCAGGAUUGUGAGCCAGAAAUAGCAAAACCCCUUUCGUUUGUAAUUUCUUCUAAUUUUGUCUGUCAAUUGAGAUACUGUAGUUGAAACUGGAACUUAGCCAGUAUUUGAAAACAUUCCUAUAUGCUUUAAGAAAAGAAAGAAAUUAAGAAUCAAUUUGUGUCUUAUGGCCACUGCAUAUGCAUUAUGCACAUACUUGUUAUGUUAGUUUUAUAUAUAUAUAUAUAAAAAGAACUGUAAAUAAAGGACCAAAACAGUUAUUUCAGGUGUCUUGUUUAGCCAAUAUUUGUUUGUGGAUGGAGUCUGUGAUUUAUUUUAUUUGAGGGAACAGAGCUUGCAGUAUAUGCAGGUGGCCAUGAAGAGAAUGCUUUGCUUUCUUGUUACCAAGAGCUGAUAAGUAAACACUUCCAGAGUACAAAUCCUUUGGAAAUGUUUAUCUUCCUACUAUACUGAAAAAUGGCCAGUAAAAAGAUUAGUUACAGAAGAAGCAAGGAAGCCAAGAGAAAGCUACUGUUUGGCUUCGUUUUCUAAUCCUGCAAAACCAAAGAUGGCAGGGCAUUGGUAUUGCAAACCACAUUGCAUUCCAGAUUGGACUGCAGCAGCAAGAAAUUAGGAUGAAGGCAAGUCUUAACAGUUCGUUCACUUGACUUCCCUGGUGCAUUUUACAUGAAAGAUAGUGCAAUAUUUUGCUAGUUUCAAGAACAGCCACUGAACCAAAAGCAGAUAUAUCAACCAAGGGAAUACCCUAAAGAACAUAGCAUGAGAGGAUGUUUUCUAAGAACAAACCAGAGAAUCAGUCCCACAUUGUAAACUUCCAUCUAAGAAGAGUAGCACCCAACCCAUUUCAAGGUUAAACUGUGCAAUCAGAAUCAGUUCCUUCCAACUAAAAAAGUAAACAGGUUUUCUCAUCAUGACAAGAAAAAAAAAGUUAAAUCAAAUUUUUGUCACAUAAGAUUUAGCCCAUCAACCUUCAUUUUUUGUGUCAAGGAUCAUAUUUUCACACAGCAAAACUUGUGAAUAAUAGAAUGUUAUAUCUGAAUGUUAAGAAUAGAUUCUGCCAAAUAAGGCCAAUGGAUGGGAGGGGGUGGGGCAGGGAAAACUAUCAAUCGUUUGUAUUUUCUACUUAUUUAUGACUGCAAAAAGAUUGAUUUUUUUUCUAAUUCACUUUGUAGAAUUGUGUGGCCUAUUUUAUCCAUUCUUUGUAAUGAAGAAGUUAAAUAUUCAGUAUUGUGACUAACUUGUGGGUGAACUGGUUUGGAUAUGGGGUGGGUGGGGAAAUUCUUAAUGUUUAUUCAAAGAAAUCAUUGUAUUUCCAAAAAAAGGGGGGUGGGGACUGGGAGGAACAUUAGAGUGCAACAGUUCAUUUUCAUGGAAGUAUGGCUUGUUUUCUAAACUGCUCUAGAUGUGUAUAAGGUUAAAAAAAAGGUUAUAGCAGCAUUAAAUGGGCAUUUGCUAGUCAAAACAGUUGGACAUAACUCUGUUUGCGACCAGCCAUUUCAGGCUUCUUUCCAACCAAGGCAGGCUCUUUAGAUGUCUGGAAAUGUUUUCUUCUCUUAGUCCAAUCUUUCAAGCGGUCAACAUUCUCAUAAGUAGCUAUAGCACUAAUGGAAGAUAUGGUUAAAUAAUUGCAUAACUAAUUCACACUUCACAGUAUAUUGUCUUUGGACAUUUGUACUUGAUUAUAAUGAAACUAAACUUACUAGGCAGAGUAAGUAUCAGCCCAGCUGAAAACCUAGUGGAAAUAAAUUAUUUGAUCACUAACUGUUGAAUGGCCAUAGAAGCAGGAAUAGAGAUAUGACAAGAAGAGGAAGAACUGGAGGACAAGUGCUUUCUAAUACAGGAAAACCUAAAAUUCUGGCAGGCUUCUUUUUUUUUCUUUUCUUUGCUUUUGUGUUCAUUAAAUCUUCCCAUAUUUAUACAGAAGUAAAGUACAAGGACAAUAAGUGAAACCUGCUUCUGAGACAACAUGUAAAUACUAGUGUUAUAAAAGGAAAAUUUGGAAAAACUAGAAACAUUUUGAAAUUUAUGACUGACAAGUCAGCUCUCCAGAGUCAUUUGAUGUGGACUGGCUUAAUCAAUAAAUAGAUAAAACAGUGGCCAUGGCAUGCUUUAGCUAAGAGGGCCUAAGAUCAGAUUUUUAUUUUUUUUUAGUUAACACAGCCACUCUUACUCCACAAAUUCUUUAUAUGCACAAUUGCUACAGAUAUAGGCCAAAAAUAAACCAAAAGUGAUUGUCUACUGAAAAACAAUCAUAAUCCUCAGAGGCACAAUUUUUAAUUGAAUGUUUAUAGCAAUCAAUUCAAAAUUGAAACUCAACUUUUUAAAGUUUUUUUUUUAAAUGUAUCCUAAACUGAAGUAUCUUCCCUUGCUGGAAAGCAAAUCAGGAACACUUCAGCCCAUUCAACACUCUUGACCAAAUAUCUAGUUGGGUCAUCAAUCUCUCUACUCCCUAAAUUUGCCCUGUAUUAUAGCCACUGAUAGAAUUCAAAGUCUUGCACGUAGUAUUAAGUAAUCUUGAUAAACCUAAAGGACAGUUUUUGCAGGUCUAUAGUGGUCUACCAAAAAGGAUUACACUCUUAAUACUAAUCACUUGACAGGGAAAAUGUAAUUUUAGACAAUCACACAUAAAGUUCUUACAGUACCAUCUUUGGCAUUAGUAUAUUCCCUCUGCCCAUGUCCAGUUCUGUAUCCUGUUUAAAAGGAAUAGCAGCCUGCCUAAUCUGCAUUUCAUUUAAGCUAAACUAUUCUGAUUCUGCUAUGCAGAAGAGGUGGAAAAGAAAAAUGCAAUAUGCAUGCUCUUUUCAGGAAUAAAAUAAGGCCAUGCACUUUAUGAAUGUAAUAUUCUCCUCAGACAUAUAUGUCUAUCUGUAGAAUUAGAUCAGAAACUUAGCUUCACACAAUUGGAUCCAAAUCCUUGGAAGAGAAUCAGUAUUUUUCUACCGAAAAAUGUGGCAAAAGGAAAAUAAUAAAUUAUCUAAAAACAAUAGAGGUUGACAUUUUCAGAUUUCAAAAUACACACUGUGCAGAUUGGGCCAAAGAGAAUACUUGUUCCAGAGAUCUACAGGCUCAUUCUAAACAUGUACUUGCAAAUAAGCCAUACCAUGUUCAGUGGAACUUCCUUUCUAGUGACUAUGCUUAGGGCUAGAGCCCUAAUCUUGCAGUUUGUGGCUGGGCUCAGGGAACAUACAGAAGAUGUCUAAUCCACAUUUGCUGAGUCCUGGUCAUUUCAGAAGCCACAUGGACUAAAAUAGCUGUCUUUCUGAACAUCCUGUUCUAGACCGCAUAGUUAACAAGCUCUCUUGGGAGCAAGAACUAGAUUGCAUAGUUAACAAGCUGUCUUGGGAGAAGAAAGAGGACUAACAAGCUCCCAAAUGGCCUACUAAUGAUUCGCAACAGGCGUUACACAGCAACAGGCAGACAGUGACACUGUAGCCAAAUCACGUUGAGUGGCUGUGACAUUUGCUAGGAAUGGAGAGAGUUGGAUUGUAAGUAACCAAAUGGUAGACUGAGAUUGCUCACUAAUGUCUCUCCUCACCGGACCUCAACCUGUGCAGUACUCUGAUAAAUUCACUGUUGUAAUAGAACAUUCUUGUGUCCUUACUGUAGUUGUGCUGUUGCAAUCAUGAAAGGAAUGCCACUCCAGAGGUUUUAUGGUUAUAAAAUAAGGCAGACAUCUUUAUUUCUACUGAAAAUGUUGGUGUGCAUUUUUAAUUCUGUAAAUCCACACUUAUUACUAAUGAGUAGCUGUGUGGAUUAAGAGGACACUAUCCUCUUUUUAAAAAUAAUUUUUAGAAUAAUUUUUUAAAAAGACAUUUUAAAACUGUCAUCGUUGUUCCAGAAAGGAAUAUUUAUAUAGGAGUAAGAAUUUGGCUUGUAUUCAGCCCUGAAAAUUAGAUGGUUUUUUUGGUAUAUGUACACAGUAAAUGUUUGUAUUUUGCAGUUUUAUCUGUUUUGCUUUUUAGAUAAAUGAAAUGGGUAUCAAUAUUUUAAAGUCAUUUUGCUUUUCUAAGAUGAGUUUGUAAUCAUUGCAAAUAAACAAUAAAAAACUUUCAUGUAUAAAGUGAACAAA